AUGUCUACAUCGUCGGUACGUUUUGCAUUCAGGCGGUUCUGGCAAAGUGAAACGGGUCCCAAGACAGUGCAUUUCUGGGCCCCUACUCUGAAAUGGGGGUUGGUUUUCGCUGGGUUCAGUGAUAUGAAGAGACCAGUGGAAAAAAUUUCCGGCGCUCAAAACUUGUCGCUUCUCUCUACUGCGUUGAUUUGGACGCGCUGGUCCUUUGUCAUCAAGCCAAGGAACAUCUUGCUGGCUUCCGUGAACUCGUUUCUUUGCUUGACCGCUGGCUACCAAUUGAGUAGAAUCGCGAACUACAGGAUACGGAACGGUGACUCUAUAUCGCAACUGUUCAACUACAUCCUCUGCGGCGCCGCCGACGAAAGCAAAAAGGAAAUUACUUCUGGCAGAUAA